AAGGCUUCCAAACAUAUAUCCUUCAUUUCAGAAUCUACAGUCACUUGCAAUUGGUAUUGGCUGCUGGACAUCUCCAAAUGCUCAAGACUUUUCUGGGAGCUGCAAUACGCCAGAGACACUCGUGUGUGUUGAGCACUGGAAACAACUGUACAAGAGCUUUUCACAUUGGCACCUCCCAUGGGCCUAGCGUGAAAAGCGCAUCUGGAACGAUACGAAAUUUACUUCAGUCUAGUGCUUUAUUGUCGAAAUCCUCAUCAUUCUCAUCGCGAUGUUACUCCGCACUUGCUCAACAGAAGGCUGUCAUCGCCCGCCCACUCGAAUCGCGUUUUUUCUCAUCUAACGGUACUCACUCUGCUACAGCAGAUGCGACACUUCCAGUCCUGGCCCCGCCUUCAGUAGCUCGGUGGCUUCUCUUUUCGUCUACUCUGGUUUUCGCCGUCAUCGUUGUAGGAGGCGUUACGCGUCUCACAGAAUCUGGUCUGAGCAUAACCGAAUGGCGUCCUAUCACGGGUGUCAUGCCUCCUUUGUCCACGGAAGCAUGGAAUGUGGAAUUCGACAAAUAUAAGGGUACCCCCGAAUUUAAACUGAUGAACCACUCAAUUACACUAGAGGAAUUCAAAAACAUUUUCUACAUGGAAUGGGGCCAUCGCAUUCUUGGUCGUGUGAUAGGGAUAACCUUUGUCUUACCCCUUGCGUACUUUGCCUUUCGCAAGAGACUUUCCACUUCAAUGCCUGCGAACCUCACUGGCAUGGCAGUGUUACUUGGUGCUCAAGGCUUUCUCGGAUGGUACAUGGUUAAAUCUGGUUUAGAAGACUCCCUAAUGGACACUCCCGGCGCAGUACCACGAGUGUCGCAGUACCGCUUGGCAGCUCAUCUGGGAACCGCUCUCGUUCUCUAUGCUGGCAUGCUCGGGACAGGAUUGGCUGCUCUGAAGGAUUGGAAGCAUGCUAAAUCAGGGAUAUGGAGCGGAUCUAGAACAAUGCUGUGGCAGGAUGUGCUAUCAAACCCAGUAGUGAAGAGAUUCUCUAGGCAAUCAAAGGCAUUGACGACCCUGGUCUUUCUGACGGCCCUUUCAGGUGCCUUUGUCGCGGGUCUAGAUGCUGGUCUUGUGUACAACGAAUUCCCAUUGAUGGGAGGACGUCUUGUCCCCCCUACGGACGAACUCUUCUCAUUCGCAUAUGCCAAGAACCCUGACGGAUCCGACGUAUGGUGGAGAAACAUUUUCGAGAACCCAACAACUGUCCAGUUCGACCAUAGAGUACUUGCAAUAACCACAUACUUCAGCACAACCUGGCUCUACUUUCAAGCUCGCCGUCCAGCCUUACGUGCGGCGUUGCCACCACUGGCACGCGUAUCUCUGACGGCAGCAUUUGCGAUGGUGAAUCUCCAAGUGCUGCUUGGAUUAUCAACUUUAUUGUACUUGGUCCCCGUUCCGAUUGCUGCGGCCCACCAGGCUGGUAGCGUUGCGUUACUCAGCACGAUGGUUCAUCUGUUGAUAUCGCUCCGCAGACCCGGUGUGGCAGCACAAGCGUGGAGAAGAGCAACCGUACAAAAAGCGAAGCCCUAGAAUACAUCUUCAUCUAACUAGUUUUUACAGCAUCUCAAACUUACAUCAGUCACCACUCAUUAGAAUGUAGUUACACGCAAGAAUUGAUAAACUUAUCAUCUCAUCACUAUCCAGU